UGUCACGUUCCCUUUAAGCCGCCAGGCUGUAAUUUCUAGUUGACCCGAUCAGAAUUCAUUUCGCUCCUGGAAGUUUUGAAGACACUGAAUAAUCUGACAAGUAGUUGACACAUAUUCAUCUGAAACACAACUUUUUAAUUAUGCUCUGACACGUCAGGCAUCUGGUUGGCUGGCCCUGCUUCCUGUCCGGUAAGGCCUGCCCCUGUGGAGGUACUAGCAUGCAGUUCCUCUGUGUGUCCAUGGGGUGGAGCUGCUGAGCCAUGGAUGACUUCACUCCCAAUGAUUUCACCUCCAGAACAUAUGGCACCAGCGGGCAUGACAACAGACUGCUGUUUGGAGAAACCUCUGCACGGGACAGAGCCAUCAACCUGGCGUUUGGAGGACUGACAUCCCUGCUGGUUGUCGUAACGGUGAUCAGUUCAUUCGUGUUCCCCUCGUUGCCUCCCUGGCCACUCAACAUCUUCUUGGCUUUCUGUAUCCUGCUGACCUGCGGCUCGGCCAUGGUGCUGAUUGUCUGGUACCGGCAGGGGGACUUGGAUCCCAAGUUCAGGAAGUUAAUCUACUACAUGCUGGCCUCCAUCAUGCUGCUGUGUCUCUGUGCUAACCUGUACUUCCACGAUGUGGGCAGAGGGACGUGAGACUGGACAUGCCUUACUCACCCUUACUGCCACACACGGUCACUGACUGGACUAGUGGGACCAGGUGGACCAGGAGGAGGACGGACCUGCCCAGUACCAGUUCGGAUUCCACAACAGGACAGACAGUUUGCAGACAAGUGACUGUCCACCAAUCAUAGUCAAAUGACUGUUUCUACUCUACCAAUCAAUGGCGCUGCACAGAUCAUCUGACUACUCAGCAAUCACUUUAGGAUUGUUUGUUGCUUUUUUUUCUUUAGUAUUUUAUGCAAUAAAUAAUCAUAUCCUGUGAGUUGUUGUCCUGCACCUCUGUUGAUAGCUGGCGUCUUCUCGGCCACAUUCUGAUUGGCCCACAUUUUCAGAAAAGAGCGUCUACACAUGGUAUUAAAAUGUCUCUUAUCCACUGUC